AUGUCUGAUAAAGUGCAGCUAACGCACGUGGAGACCAUUGGCUCGUCCAUGGACUUGCCCUCCCAGUCCCCCACCACCAACCCCAAAAAACAGGAAACGCAACACAUGGAGUUUGCAGGCAGCAACGUUUCAGAAACGGAUUUCACCACGUCCGCCGUAGGAAGUGAGACGAUUGCCAAGUUUCUCGGACUUUCGGAAGAUGCCCGUCAGGCGGACGGCGAGGAAAAGCACAUGCCAUUGUUGCAGGCGAUCCGUCAGUAUCCUAAGGCCGCAUUCUGGUCCAUCGUGUUGUCAUCGGCGCUGAUCAUGGAAGGCUACGACGUGUGCCUAUUGCAAUCGCUUUACGCGCUGCCAGCAUUUGCCAAGAAAUUCGGCAACUGGAAUCCAGCCUCCCAAGUGUACGAAGUACCCGCCAAGUGGCAAACGGGUCUCUCAAUGUGCACCAAUGUGGGAGAGAUUGUCGGUCUUCAGCUCGCCGGUAUUGCCGCUGAACGCAUCGGGUAUCGCCGCACCUUGAUCACCUCGCUACUCAUGGUAUUCUGUUUUAUCUUUAUCCUGUUUUUUGCACCCUCUUGUGCGGUCCUGGCCGUUGGCGAAGUCUUGUGCGGUAUCCCAUGGGGCGCUUUCCAAACUUUGACUGUCUCUUACGCCACUGAAGUGUGUCCCCUUGCGUUAAGAUACUACCUCACCACCUAUGUCAACAUCUGCUGGAUUUUUGGCCAGAUUUUCGCCUCAGGAAUCUUGAAAAACUCGCAAACAAAUCUCCAAUACUCGGACCUCGGUUACAAAUUGCCUUUUGCACUUCAGUGGAUUUGGCCAAUUCCAAUUGCCAUUGGUAUCUAUUUCGCACCUGAAUCCCCUUGGUGGCUUGUUAGAAACGGUAAGAUGGAUCAAGCAGCCCACAGUUUGAACCGUCUCGUUACUGGCAUUUCUGAAGAGGAAAAGCCCACCGUCAUUGAUGCAAUGCUUAACAAAAUCCAAUUGACCAUUCAAAAAGAAGAAUCAAUGACAAAAGAUGUCUCAUAUCUAGACUGUUUCAAAGGACCUGACGGUAGAAGAACAAGAAUUGCGUGCCUCACAUGGGUCACUCAAAACGCAUGCGGUAGUGCGAUGAUGGGGUUCUCUACCUAUUUUUACAUCAAGGCUGGCCUCAGUGAAUCGAUGGCCUUCACGUUUACCAUCAUUCAAUACUGUUUGGGUAUGGUAGGUACAAUCUUGUCGUGGUUCGUUUCCAAAAAGUACGGUCGCUUUACCAUUUUUUCAACAGGUCUAGGUAUUCAAGCGCUACUCUUGUUGAUAAUUGGAGGUUUGGGUUUCAAGCAUUCUACAGGCGCUAGUUGGGCAAUUGGCUCUUUACUAUUGAUUUUCAUUUUCGUUUACGACGUUGGUGUCGGUCCAGUGACUUACUGUGUGGUACCCGAAAUUCCAAGUGCCAAACUCAGAACUAAGACUGUGAUUUUGGCUCGUAAUUUCUAUAACGUCAUGGGUAUUGUCAACUAUAUUUGGACCCCAUAUAUGUUGAACACUGAAGAGUGGAACUGGGGGGCCAAAACUGGCUUGUUUUGGGGUGGAAUCUGUUUGAUUAUGUUGACGUGGGCAAUUUUGGAUAUGCCUGAAACCAAGGGUCGCACCUUUGGUGAAAUUGAUGAACUAUUCCACCUCCGCGUACCUGCUCGUAGAUUCAAAUCUACCGAGGUUAAUCCUUAUGACAGCGGUAAAUUGAUGGCCGAGUUGGACGAUUCUCAAAUCGAAAGAAUUGUUAAGAACGACGAGCUAACCAGACACAGAUUAUUGGAAACGAUUGCAGAAGACUCAGAUUGA